AUGAUGGUUCAACCAAAUAAAUUGUUUUUAUUCACAAAAAUUUUGUCAAUUACCGCUUUAAUAUGGACUUGCCAGAAAUCCUAUAAGAUAUCUACCUCAGUAAAAUCAUGCAGUGUGAAAAUCAUCUUAAAUAAUACAUCAAAUGUAAAGGUAGGUAGAUUGUUACACGGAGAUACAGAUGUGUUCUCUCAAAAAAGAUACGAUGCCUUGAAAGAAAAAGCAAUUAAAAUUGUAGAUGAAAAUGAUUAUGACUUUGAAAAUAGAUUAAAUACAUUAUCACAAAAAGAUGAAUUAAAAGAACAUUUUAAAUAUAACGCGUAUAAUAAAAAAGUUAAAAAGCCAUCUAAUUCAAUAAAAUUUAAGGAUAAUUCUGAAUAUACUCUUGAUUCAUUAAUAUAUGAUGACUAUCAUGAAACGGUUCAUAAGGGAUUAAAAGAAUCUCUUCGAAUGAAAAAAUAUAACUCAGAAAAUACAUAUAUAUUACCAAAAAUAUAUAAUUUUUUGAAGAAAUUAGAUAAAAAAUAUGAAAGGGAAAUAGUAAAAUUAUCGGAUGCUUUAUUUAAAAGACCAAACAAAUAUGGUUAUAGAAAAAAGAUAAGUUAUAAAAAUGUCAUUAAUGUCCUUAGUCCGCUUAUAAUAUCCAGCGUUUUACUUACUCUAAUUUUUACAUUCUUUAAUUAUUCAUAUACUAAUCCACCAUUUUAUUUUAUAUUUGUUUUAACAAUAUUUUAUGUUAGCUAUAAAGUAAUAAAAAAUGUGAAGAUAUUUCAUAUUAACAAAUAA